AUGAGUCGGAGAAGUUCAGAGGAAACGUCGGGAAAAAACUAUGACGUUUAUCAAAAUGCUGAAAAAGUGAAGCGUAAAAAUUAUCAAAAAAAGAUAAAUAAACAGAAUGAUGAACGAUCACAUUUAGUGCGUUUACCUGGUCGCAGCAAUCAUUCCAGAGGACAACAUUUCAUUAAAGUAAAGCAUCGAACAGCAAAUUCUUAUCCAGAUCAACGACAAUCCACAUUGGCCUUUGAACGAUCUGUUUCUGAAGCAACAAGUUUUUCCACUGUUACUGGACGUGAUGAAACGGAAACAGUAGAUAGUCCAUCAACAAGCAGUAGUGGUUCAAAGAGGAAAAUCAAAACGAUAAAAGCACGAAGACAUCAAACGGAGUCAAAAAAUCAUUUAAUUCAAAACAAAACAGUUAGCAAAAGUGGGGAGGACAUUAGUAUGCCAACAUCAUAUAUUAUAAAUCGAACACAAACAAGCACAUCACGCCAAAUAACCAAAGGUGAGAGACCAUCGGUCAAUGUGCAUCUAACUCAAGAAGAUUCUCAAGCAUCUCAAAUAAGUAAUACGGAAGGAGAAGUACGAUUCUAUGAAACACACAUGCAAAAACGUGUGAAAGAAUUUGUCAACUAUUGUAAUCGAACCUCCAUGGAAACACUUAUUGCACAGUACGAACGUAUCCAAUCGAUAAAACCAUCCAAAGCUAAAGCAUUUAUUGGAAUGCUUCCCGUAAAUCAUCACAAAAAUCGUUACAGUGAUGUAUAUUGCUUGGAUAGUUCCAGAGUUAUUUUAUAUCGAGGGGCUGGAGAUUAUAUACAUGCUAAUUAUGUUCGCCAUAAAGUCCUUCAAAAUGACUUUAUUCUUACGCAAGGUCCGCUACCGAAUACAGUAAACGAUUUCUGGGAAAUGGUUUGGCAAGAACGAUCCGGACUUAUAUUUAUGCUUUGUAAAUAUAUUGAAGAGCACAAGGUGAAGUGUGCUGAAUAUUUGCCAACAUUUCAAACUCCCAUAAUUAUGCAUGCCGGAAUACGGAUUGAAUUACGGGAACGUAACAGAUCAAAAGAUGGCAAUAUUAUUAUAACACAGUUAUUGCUUAGUCGAGGAAAUGUAAAUCUUACCGUGAUGCAUUAUCAAUGGAUAUCAUGGGCUGAUAAGCAGGUACCAGUAAAUGAUUAUAACACACCGUUUUAUUUGUUGAAAAAAUCGCGCAUUUCACCAACGUGCACCGUGGUACAUUGUAGUGCUGGUAUUGGUCGUAGUGGUACUUUGGUUGCAAUUGAACUUUGCUUAAUGCAACUAGUAGCUGGCAAUGAAUUAGUGGUAUCAGACAUGGUUACUUAUAUACGUCAAAAACGAGCUCAAUCGGUGCAAACAAAGGAACAGUAUUUGUAUAUUUUCAGAGCAAUACUCGAAUUUGCCGUCAGCAGUCACAUUACUUGUGCAAGAAAAAUAAAUCCAUUUGCUGAGAGAUAUCGACAAAUGUGUCAUUUCGAUGAAACAUAA